UCUCUGUCAGUCACAGACGGUCGGAUCCUGGAUGGUCUACAGCGAGCUGCGUCUACUCCCACCUAUCUGCCCGUCAAUUACCAGCUUCUCCACGCUGACUCUGCCUUUUUCCUGAAGGAGGCCAAUCAGGAAUUCAUGAGAAACUCCAGCAUGCUUUCCCGCACCGAGCCCUUCUUCAUCUACCAGGCCCGGAAGCCCCCCGUGGUGAACGCCAGCUACGGAUCGGUUUCGGUGGAGCAGCCGGUUCCUCUGGACCUCCUCCAGACGCCAGGAGAGUUUGUGGCCUCCUCGCUUUUUACCUUCAACUGGAAGGUACAGACCUUCAUAAUACGAGAGAGGAUUUAUCUUACGAGGCCUAGGGUACAAGUGCUCUUUUACGUGUCCGGGCGCGACUGGGACGACUACAGUGCCAUCGACAAGCUGCCCUGCGUUCGCAUGUUUGCUUUUCACGAGACCCAGGAGGUACGUGGGACAUGCCAGCUCAAAGGGGAUCUUGGUACCUGCGUGGCUGAACUGGAGCCUCUCCCCGGAUGGUUCAGCCCCCCUAGCGUGGUCCCCGGACGCCAGAGGACCCAGGAUUCGGCCGAAGGAACACCUGUGGAACUUUAUUACAUCCUGCAGUCCUCGGAGGCUGGAGAAUGCCAAGGGGAGGAGUCAGGGAAAACCAGGAAUACCAUGCAUCUGGAGCAGGAGGGCCUGUUUGGGUCAGCUACCUCCACCCCUAUGCGAAGGAUCGGGAGCGUCAGAUUGUACCAGACCCCUGCCGCUCCGGAGCUCUCGGAAUACCAGUUGGAUGGGAAUUUUGUGGUACUGGUGCCGUCCAUGCCCGUCUGGCAAAGGGAUACGGUGUCUGCCUUCAUUGCUGCAUCCCCGUAUUCCCCUGUGGAGAUGUUCACUCUAAGGGUGAAGUUAAAAGAUGGUGUAACCUUUCUGGGGGCGAGACCCAGUAACCCCACCCUGUGGAUGGUCAGCCAGGAUGUUAGGAGCGAAGGUCAUAGGAUCGUGACCCUGCAUUGUCGCCGAAAAGAGGCUGGCUAUGGUCAGAGGUUGGAGCCGGGUUGGCAGCGGGUGGUGCAGGUGGAUCUGGAGUUGGACAGUAUCGUUGCCGUGGCGAGCAACAGAUCCAUCUCCUGGUUGGUGGAGUACCCGGGCAUCAGGUUGGGCAGUGAGGAGACGGAGACUGAGAUACUUGUGGCACAGAAAGACCUGGGUGCUAUUGUGCCACUGGCCAUGGAGACAGAGAUCCUGAACACCGCCGUACUUAACGGAAGAACGGUGGCCGUCCCGGUCAAAGUGGUCUCAGUCGGAGUGGAUGGGACCAUUACGGAUGUGUCAGAAUCCGUGAAAUGCCGGUCCACAGAUGAAGAUGUGGUUAAGGUGUCCGACAGGUGUGACUACGUCUUCGUUAACGGUAAAGAGAUGAGGGGCCGAGUUGGGAUGCUGGUGAACUACACUUACGCUUACCUUAGGGCUCAGCUGGAGAUGAAGGUUUGGAUUCCGCGACUCCCUCUACACAUCGAACUGUCUGACAGUGAACUCAGUCAGAUCAAGGGCUGGAGAAUCCCUCUCACCAGCACCAUACAAAGAUCUGCCCGGGACAGCGAGGAUGACGACGAUGAAGAUCGGAGGGGGCGGAGCUGCACCCUGCAGUACCAGAACGCCGUGGUACGUGUCCUGACGCACUUUGUGGCGGAGCCGGCGGACGCCCGGGGUCAGGUGACCUUUCUCUUGGGCAGCGAUUGGCAGGUGGAUAUAACGGCGCUGGUCUGGGACGUCCUGAAGGUGGAGAAUCCACGGAUCGUCCGACUGAAAGAGGGCCGUGUGCUCGAGGGACUGGAUACAGGCAUGACCAGCAUACAGGUCUUGUCUCCCCUGUCAGACUCUAUCCUGGCAGAGAGGACCGUGAGGGUGCUGGAUGACAGAGUCACUAUCACAGAACUGGGACUACAGCUGGUCAGUGGACUCUCUCUCAGUCUACAGCUCAGCACAGGAAGUAACCGAGCAAUCACCGCCACGGCAACCACACAGGAAGUGCUGCAAACCCCCAAACAGGAGGCGCUGAUCAGCGCCUGGCUGCAGUUUAGCGACGGCUCCAUGGCUCCUCUGGACUUGUACGACUCGGAUCACUACGUGUUGACGGCGACCUCGCUGGAUGAGGAGGUGGUUUCGGUGCGGCAGGAGGCGGGGGAAAGGCGGCCGGUGAUCUCCGCGGAGGCGGAGGGUCAAGGCCUGCUGGUCAGGGUAGAGAUGACCGUCUGCGAGCUCUGCCAAAAGUUCAAACGCCGAAGCGUCCUCGCCGCCGGAAACUGCAACAUCCGCGUGAAGUUCGGCCGGGACGAGAGCUCCUCCCGGCCGGGCGCCGGCGACUACGGCCCAGACGGGGAGGAGCUGGAGAACCGAGCCGCGGACCGAAGGCAAAACCCGUCUCUGCCGGACAGAACCGGGAUGGACGGCCACCACUACGGCAGUUCCAUCUCCGACAUGGAGGACGGAAUCAUGAGGAGAUUCACCACCACGACCAAAACGGCCAUCGUCCGGAGGCCUGACGGAGAUAAACUGUCGGACGACGGAAGCCAAGUACCCAACAUUCCCAUUGACUUUUCGGACUUCCCGGCACAAGUGGACCUUCCUCACGGCCAGAACGGGGACGAAGAUGACUUGAUGCAGACGCCCCGGGGCCUCACCGACCUGGAAAUCGGCAUGUAUGCUUUGUUGGGAGUUUUCUGCCUGGCCAUCCUGGUCUUUCUCAUCAACUGCAUCUCUUACACGCUCAAGUACAGCCACAAGGAACUGUCAAUCGAGGGUCAGGAGACUAUGAACCACGCCCACGACUGGGUGUGGCUAGGCAACGAGGCGGAGCUUCUCGAAAGCCACGUCAGCCUGUCUCCACAGACAGAGGAAAACAUCACCAUAAUGGAUUCCAGCGUCGGAGGUCUGGAGGAAGGAAGUCAGCUUCUUAACGGGGGAUCUUCCCAGAAGAACGUACAGGGCCAGGUACACAGGGUGGCCGAAACCGCUGCUGUUUGCCUGGGGAAAGACAGUAAAGGUGAUUCGCCGACGACCAAGAGAAAACGUGUCAAGUUCACAACCUUCACUACCAUCCCAGCUGAGAGCGUUUCCCCAGUCUGCGACGAUCGUGGUGAGGACAUUAAGUGGGUGUGCCAGGAUGUUGAACUGGCUGACUCCAAAGAACUGCGAAACUACAUGGAGAGGUUGAAUGACAGUACUUUAAAGGAGGUGGCGUAG